AUGAGCACCAUCGAGCAGUGUCCUGCUGAGACAAUUGAUAAUAUCGUCUCGUUUCUCAACUUGCGCGAUAUUUGCAAUCUCCGCCUCACGAGCCGCGGUCUGGCACUCAGGGUCUUCGGAGCCCCGUCUUUCGGAUCCCACCUAGAGCAAAGACAGGUCGACGUUACGGAGCGCAGCCUCCGGGCCGUAGCCGAGGCAACAGCAAAGCCCGGCCGACUAGGUUGCUUCAUUAGCGACUUGGUACUGGUCGGCGUGGUGAACAACACUAAAUUCCUCACGCAAGAGGUCAAGUAUACUACAGGGGACGCAGGACAUCGCGCAAAGCAGCAGCAGGACCUCGAGAUCCUGACUCGACGGCAAACAGAGUAUGAAACCCUACAUGCGUCUCGCGGUGAUAUUCUCCUGCUGAGUCAGAUAUUCCGCAACCUCAUGGCCCAUGGUAGGCGCCGGGGUCUCCGCUCCUUAUCCCUGACAGUCGUGGUGUAUCGCGAGGACGCGCAGACGAGACUGCUCCCCAAAGACGGGUUCGGCUGGACCCUGAUCUGGCAGGCUGCCGCCGACACGUUCCUUACGGCGCUGGCGGCAUUCGCGGCAAGUGGGAUCGCGGUACAGCGGCUCGACGUCUACAACAGUAUAGAGCGGUGCAGCCUAGCGUGUAACGAGCCUAGUGCCGUGAACUUUGAAUACAAUAUGCUAGCGACGUCACUCGCGUCGCUGAAAACACUCGCCGUAAGCUUUUCGGAUCGGGUUAUCAAUGAAAGGACAGAGGAUCUCGGCCUAACAGGCGACCCAUCGGACACGUGGGACGAGCAUUUGGAAGAUGAGUUGAGGGAACGUGAAGAUAUAGAGAAUGAGGUGUAUCAGGAUUCGACGUUUACUGGCCUCCCCGCCCUGGUACAACGCUGCCGGGGGCUCGAGAGUCUAGAACUCCAUCAUUAUCAACUUAAGGAUCUGAUCCUCUCGGAAGAGGAUCUGAUCUUCUCGGGACUCAACCGGUACCGUGAACGAUUCUUCCCGUACAUAGCCGAGAUGAUCCCGCUACCUCCCUUGAAGCGCGUCGUUCUCCGCGGAUUACGGGUGAGAUCAGCAGAUAUACUAGCCUUUAUACAGAGGCUACAGCCAACUUUAAGAGAGCUAUCGCUGCAGCACGUGAUUCUCCUCGACGGGGCAAAGUUCGAAACUAUCUUCGGCUACUGCAUAUCUGAGGAGGCUGGCUUGGAGCGGUUGUACUUGGACCAUUUGCUGGAGCCAGUAGUGAUGGCUAGUGGCGCGUACAACUACCGUCGACUGGUCUACUUUACCGGGGAACCUAACCAGGAGCCUAAGCUCCGGCGCAGGGACCUCCCACACCGCGGUAGUAACACAGUGGAUAGGAUAGAAAAGAGCAAUUCGGUGCGGUCUGAAUAUAACUUCGUCGGGGACAGCACUGUUUUGACGCUUCUAGCAUCUUUCUUUAUCGGAGUUACGCACUUUGAAUUGCAUAAUGCUCGACAAAGUUGGUUCUACCUCCGCGAAGCUAUAACCUUGGCGCAGGCACUUGGCUUGCACACGGACGAGUUCUACCGUGGCAUGGAUUAUAUAAGCGCUCUGUACUGCCGUCGAAUUUACAACAUUCUGUUCGUCACGGAGAGAUCUUUCGCAGUAGCAAGACAUAAACCGGUCCUUCUACCUCGCCCGUUGCUUUUUCCUGCUCCCGGGCCGAACGAUCAACUAGAGGGCCUAGAAGAACAGCCAGAAAUUGACAUCGGAUUCCGCCAGCUUGUGCACGUUUAUUCGCAGAUCGAUGUCAACUUUUUGGACUUCUGGAGUGAAAAGGAGACAAUCGGCACAACCCAUUCGACAUGGAACCUUUUUUGCUUAAAGUUGCUUCCGGACUGCGUCGUGAUGUCUGACGCUCAUAAAGCUGAUAUCUUUGUGACCCAGCACUGGCUUGACCUGGUUCUAUGGAGAGCGGCCCUUCGGCAGGGGUUACUUUCUACCAAGGCGGGAUCACGGUCUAGGACGUUUUCUUAUCCACAGGAUAUUGCGUUAUCCUUACUACAGACAUUGACAUCGCUCUCUAAAGAGUCAGUGGCAGUACAUGGACUAGGGAUUUUCGAAAAAAUAUACGACGUAGGCAACACUCUGGCUGACUUCAUGCAUUGCUCAAGAAAUUUGACAGGCUGGACAGAGGCAAUGUCACAGAACAUGGACCGACUAGACUCAAUUCAAAAACAGCUCUCUCUAAGUCCAAACUCCCACGAUAAAUUCGCCCUGUCUCUAGGAGGACGAUUGGCUGAGUAUUCUAUUUUCUUUGGUAGCCCUUUUACCAUGUAUAAUUUGGUCAUUAGAGACGAAGAUGUGGAAGACCAACGGGAUGCAUACACCCUGGAAUGA